AUAUAUAUAUAUAUAUAUAUAUGAGAGAGGAACUAUCCAAUCUACUUCAUGAGAAAUAUAUGAUUAGACAUUAGAGGCCUUACUAAAUGUUUGUGAAAUUGAAUAGACUAGAUCUAUGUUAAUAUGUUGUUAAGCUCAUUGUGAAUCAUUGUUCAAGUGUUUAAUCGUUAAAUGUCUAACCUGUUAAGUGCUUUGUUCAAUUUGGAUAUUAGGUAGCGUAUCUAGUCCUCAUACUUAUAAUUUACCUGAAAAAUAAAUAAUCUCAAUCUUGCUAUUGAGUCUUAUUAAAUUUGAAAUUUCAUUGAAACAUAGACAGUACAAUGUUCCUUGGAAUAUCAAGUUUUAAGGAGGCUUUUAAUACAAUGGCAUUGGUAAAUUUCACUUGUUAGUCACCAAACAAAUUGAGCUAUUAAUAUUUAAAUGUUAAGGAAUCCCAACUGUCCAUCAAAUGCAAAAUUUCAAAAAUUCUGACAUUGGAUAUUACUUGUAACUUCUGAAAUAAACUAGAUGCGUUAACAAAUUCACAAGUGAGACUACAGAGAGCACAGAUAUGGUGUUGAAAGCACAAGUGUUAGCUGGUGGCCGUGGUAAAGGUAUUUGGGAUAGCGGAUUAAAAGGUGGAGUUAAAAUUGUAUACAAUAUCAAUAUCGCGAAUAAUGUGCACCGUAUGAAAACUACACGGAUGACAUUCAUGAAAUAUGUUCAAGCUACUUUAGGCCAGUGUUUCAAGAUGGUGAAACGAAUUAAAUAGCUAUCAUCGUGUCUAUGCACAUAAUACCGGACCUCUUAGUGGUUCUUCGGAGGAAACGGUGAUCAAACGAAGAGAGUUGUUAAGUAUUUUCAGCUCAAAGGGACCAAGUUGUUCCACCAACAAAAUAAAACUUUGUGCACUGAAUACGGGAUCUACUAUAAACAGACUGAUGAGAGGAAAGUGGAACAACCAACUAUAUUUUAUUGGCGAAGAAACUCUGUUUCAAAGUCCAAGUUCAUGAGAGAAGGUUGAUAAUGUACCUUUCGGCUUACAAUAUUUUAAAACUAUAAUGAAACAACUGACAUUCCUUCCCGAUUUUUAUUGUGUAGAAGAAGCCGUAAAUGUAGCUAAUCACAUGCUUGGUCAUCGAAUCUACACUGCACAAACCGGUGACACCGGCCAAUUAUGCAAUACAUUAUUAGCAUGUGAACGUAAAUAUUCUCGACGUGAACAUUAUCUAGCUAUUGUCCUAGAUCGUUCUAGUGGUGGACCAGUAAUGAUUGGUUGUCAACAGGGUGGUGUAAAUAUUGAAGAUAUAGCACGUGAUAACCCAGAUGCUUUAAUUAAAAUUCCAGUUGAUAUUAACAAAGGUUUAAAUAAAAAAGAUGCUUUAUUUAUGGCGCAUAAAUUAGGUUUUACACAUCCAGAUGAAGCAGCUAUAUACAUUGAACGACUUUAUAAACUCUUUGAUUCAUCCGAUUGUACACUAUUAGAAAUUAAUCCAAUUUCUCAAGAUAUAAAUGGAAAAGUUGUUUGUAUGGAUUGUAAAAUGAAUUUCGAUGAUAAUGCUGCAUUUCGACAGAAAGAGAUUUUUGCACAACGUGAUUGGUCACAAGAAGAUGAACGUGAUGUAAAAGCAUCAAAGGCUGGAUUAAAUUAUAUUGGUUUAGAUGGAAAUAUUGGUUGUUUAGUUAACGGAGCUGGUUUAGCUAUGGCUACUAUGGAUUUAAUUCAAUUGCAUGGUGGUAAUCCAGCGAAUUUUCUUGAUAUUGGCGGUGGAGCGACAGCUGCUCAAGUGACUGAAGCUUUUCGUUUAAUCGUAUCUGAUUCGAAGGUCAAUGCUAUACUAGUAAAUAUUUUCGGUGGUAUUAUGCGUUGUGAUGUGAUUGCACAAGGUAUUGUAACAGCUGCUACAGAAUUAAACAUAAAAGUACCAAUUGUUGUACGACUUCAAGGGACUAGAGUUGAAGACGCUAAAGCAAUUCUUGCUACAAGUCAUAUGAAAAUUCUAGGUUGUAGUGAUUUAGAUGAAGCUGCUCAAAUGUCUGUUAAACUCGCUAAUAUUGUUCAUUUGGCUCGUGAAGCUGCUAUAAAUGUGAAAUUCGAACUGCCUUAUUAAUUAAUAAUGUGAUUAUAGUAAUAUUAUUACAAUAAGCAAAGAUGAAUAGUUCGAAGGAAUGGGGACAUCACGUUAUAUUGAAUGGUGAUGAAUCCAGUAGUUCGGUUUAUACUACUAUUAUUAUCGUUAUUAUUACUAUUAUUAUUAUUAUUAUUAUUAUUAUUAUUAUUAUUAUUAUUAUUAUAACUUACUUCCGAAAGAUAGCAGUCAUUGUGUGGUCUAUUCAAUUCUGUUUUGUCAUAUCCUUUUGUACGAAUGAAUGUACAAUGACGGUAAUGUGAUUAUUGUUUUAUACGACAGAUUUAAAUAUCUACUGCAUUACGUAAUACAUUGAUUUUGUUGCAUAAGAAUUUCUCAUACUUUGAUAGAAAAUCCUUAACUAAACAAUCACUUAUUAUCAUUGUAUUUUGGUUGCAGUUAGCUCAGCGACACCACCCACAUCACCCCUCCACACACAGAGUUUAUUUUACGUUGAAAAUAGAGAGUAUACAAAACUUCAUUUUCAAAGUAUAAAAAUGCUAGUAUACCUACCAUACAACUAUUUUGCCAGAAGAAAAAGAUGAAUUCAAAUCUUUAUUUCACUUAAAAUAUCGUUUAUCUCUAUUGUUUUUCUUAUCUUUCAUCGUUAUUCACUAUUAGUUACAUAUACUACUAUUUGUUGUCCUGUGAUAGUAGUAAUAAAUGGUAUUGCUCGGAGAUAAUUCAUGUUUGAAUUUCUUUUCAUUUCUUUGUAUUCGUUUAUACACCUACAAUCAAACGUGUAUAUAUAUCCGCGUACAGAGGGAAGUGGUUACUUCAGUUUUCUUUUUCCUCUUACUCUUUCAUUUGCACACCGUCCAGAUUCAUCCCCACAGGGACACUGUCAUCCAUAUUUCAACUGUUAACUUUUCGAAGGUUUUGAUGAAUUUUUAAGAAAGACCAUGUAACAUUAUUUGAUAGUCCGUUUUCAAACAUCUUUAAGAAUAUUAGCUAGAUGAAUAUAUUAGCAGGGAUAUGAGGAUCAAAUAUAUUUCUUUCAGAUCUCC